GGGGGGUGGAAACCAGACGUCACGGCGUUUCACCUUUCAGAGCGACUUCCUGGACGCUGUGCAGCCGGUGUGGCCGGCGUGGUCCUUUCCCCCGGGCCUCUCGGCCCUCUGGUCCUCAUACCUCCCGCUCCAGAGCUGCGGAGCACCCCAGAAGUCCCUCCCUGGUCAGGAGCUCUCACCCCAAGAUCGUUCUCUCCCUCCUCCUCUAACUCCUCGGAUCCCAGGUCCGACAUGAUCUGGUUUCAGCCAAGAUCGCCGGAGCAGCGUCUCUACUAAGCAGAGCUCAGCUCCCUGAUGGAAGGAAGAGAGGACAGGACCCAGUAGGACACAACAUCUGCUGUUGCUCUCCAGGCUGUGUGAGCCGCGGGGCUGUCAAAACAACCUUAACCGGUUUCUGAAGUGUCUGAUUUGGGGACUACAGCUCCGACGCCAGGGGCGACGUAGAUGGCUCGACUCCCCGUGGGCAUCCGCUUCAUCAUCUCCUUCUCCAGGGAUCAGUGGUACCGCGCCUUUAUUUUUAUGCUGACAUUCCUGCUCUAUGCAAGCUUCCACUUAUCCCGAAAGCCUAUCAGCAUAGUAAAGGGUGAGCUCCAUAAGCAGUGUGCCGCAGGGGACGAGCCCAGAUUCAGUGGCCCUAGCAGCAGUACCAGGCAUGGCCCCACCCACUGGCUCCUGGACAACGAGACAGACUGUGGCUGGGCCCCCUUCGAUAAGAACAACUACCAGCAGCUGCUCGGAGCCCUGGAUUACUCCUUCCUGUGCGCCUAUGCCGUCGGGAUGUACCUGAGUGGCAUAAUAGGGGAGCGCCUGCCGAUUAGGUAUUACCUGACUUUUGGGAUGCUGGCCAGCGGGGCCUUCACAGCCCUGUUUGGCCUGGGCUAUUUCUACAACAUCCACAGCCUGGGAUUCUACGUGGUGACCCAGAUCAUUAACGGACUGGUGCAGACCACAGGCUGGCCUAGCGUUGUUACCUGCCUCAGCAACUGGUUUGGAAAAGGAAGGCGAGGCCUGAUCAUGGGGAUUUGGAACUCGCACACCUCCGUGGGCAACAUUCUGGGGUCCUUGAUUGCCGGCUACUGGGUGUCCACGUGCUGGGGCCUUUCGUUUAUCGUGCCCGGGGCCAUCGUGGCAGCCAUGGGGAUAAUAUGCUUUCUCUUUCUCAUCGAACACCCGAAGGACAUCAAAUGCUCUUCCACCCUGCCCACGCAUUCCAAAGUCUCUGAGAAUGGCAUAAACAGAUUCAGAGUUCAGAAGCAAACUGUCCGCAGUGAAAAGAAUGGCCCUCUGGACCCGGAGCUGCAGUGUUUGCUUCUCUCUGAUGGGAAGAGCCCCCUCCACCCGAGCCACAUUGUUGUCCUCCCGGGCGACAGCAGCAGCAACAGCAGCAUGGCUGCCAUCAGCUUCACAGGAGCCCUGAGGAUCCCAGGCGUGAUCGAGUUCUCUCUGUGCUUGCUGUUCGCCAAGCUGGUCAGCUACACCUUUCUGUUUUGGCUUCCACUGUACAUCACCAACGUGGAUCACCUGGAUGCCAAGAAAGCCGGGGAGCUGUCCACAUUGUUUGAUGUGGGCGGGAUCUUUGGUGGGAUCCUAGCAGGUGUAAUCUCCGACCGGCUGGAAAAACGAGCCUCCACCUGUGGUUUGAUGCUCCUGCUGGCAGCACCUACGCUCUAUGUUUUCUCCUCCGUCAGCAAAAUGGGUCUAGAAGCCACCAUAGCCAUGCUGCUCCUCAGCGGGGCCCUAGUCAGUGGGCCCUAUGCACUGAUCACCACCGCCGUUUCCGCAGACCUGGGGACUCACAAGAGUCUGAAAGGGAACUCUCAUGCCCUGUCCACGGUGACGGCCAUCAUCGACGGCACUGGGUCUGUAGGAGCUGCCUUGGGGCCCCUGCUGGCGGGGCUCAUCUCCCCUUCAGGAUGGAGCAACGUGUUCUACAUGCUGAUGUUUGCAGACGCCUGUGCCUUACUGUUCCUGAUCCGCCUCAUACACAAGGAACUGAGUUGUCCAGGGCCAGCUACUGGGAUCCAGGCUCCGUAAGUCCACUGUGGCCUCUCUGGGGA